AAUUCUUCAUGCUUCCAUCCAACCCUUCUUUCCCAAUUUGAGCAUAAUGAAUCUUGACAUAGCCAUCCUGGAAUAUGACCAAACAGCAACUAUCUCUCUAUGUGUGUUCAUUCAAACUGCCCUUUUCAGAGAACGCGUUUCGUUAAUCGAGAUCAAUGACCCUUUUCGCUUUCCAUAGUUACCUAGCUGGUGUCAUGUCUGCUUCCUUGCUGAACGCGUGCUAGCGAUUAUUGCUUACCUCUUUUUGCGGUACGAGCCUGAAAUGUAUGGCAGUGUUUUAUUGAAAAUUACACUGAAUUAACGCAUAUUUAAUAUUGCUUAAUCUGUUUUACAACUGCUUCACAUUUUCGGAUUCUGAGUUGUUCUGGAAAUGGACAAAGAAAAGAGUACAGGGCUAAAAUUCGCAGAGGAGCAGCUUCUGCGACACGGAUGGGAAAAAGGUAAAGGACUGGGAAGAUCAGAGAAUGGCAUCUCAGAGGCUAUUAAAGUCAAAAUUAAAUAUGGUAAAGGAGGGAUGGGCCAUAAGGAAGGUGAGCAGUUCAGUUUUCACUGGUGGGACCAUGUUUUUAACAAAGCCUCAUCCAGUCUGGUUGUGGAAGCAGCGCAGACUGGUGUGGUGGUGACGAAGUCAACUGACAGCAGUGAUGGAUUGAUCUCUAACAAGAAGCCACGCAAAGCUCAGCAAGCCAAGUCCAUGCUCUAUGGAUGUUUUGUCAAGUCAGCUACACUGCUGUCAGGUGAGCAGCCAGAAAAGACCUCUGAUUCAGAUGAUAGCAGCAGUUCUGAAGAUGAGGACCAGAAACUGGACCUUUCCACCACUACCAAGCUGUCUGAUGCAGAUCUGCUAAAAGCUUGUGGAGGACGAACAGCACACAAAGGAGCCAGACAUGGACUUACCAUGAGUGCCAAACUGGCUCGGCUUGAGCAGCAGGAGCAGGAGUUCUUAAACAAGUAUGGUAAGAAGAACCACACUGCUGAAACAUCCACAAGCAGCACAGAUCGUCUAAACCCUGUGGGACACUCAGAUAUUAAAGAGAAAACAAAACGCAAGAAAUCAAAAAGGCAGGAUGGACCCUCAGAGAAUAAUAUCCAUGAAGAUGAGAUGGAAACACAGGUCCUCGUUUCAAGUAAUGACACCGAGGACAGCAAGCCCCAAAAGAGGAAAGACUCUAAUGGUGUUUCUAUGAACGAUGAUAUUAUCACAGAUGUUGAGCCAAAGAAGAAGAGAAAGAAAAAUCGCAAAGAAAAAGAAGCACCUGAGGAUGGUCUCAAUGGAGAAUGCAGCGUAGACGUGAAUGAAGUGUUCACACACGCAUCAGAGGAACGAGAAGCACACCGGCCGAUGGAUGACAGCAUUCACAAGAAGAAGAAAAAAAAGAAACGGUCCAAGGUAGUUGCUGAGACAGCUGGCACAGAUGAGAUCUUUGAGUAUUCCACAGACGCACACGGCAAACAACCACAGGAGGGCAGUAUUGAGCAUCAACAAACCUCUGGCAAUGUCUCGAAGAAGAAAAAGAAAUCCGUCAUGGACCUCUAUGAAACCUCUCCAUCCGCAGAUGUGGAAAACUCAACUGGUGUGAUGACAGCGACAGAGGACACUGGCAAUGAAGCACAGAUAACAGGAGGACAGGAGAACAAGAAGAGGAGCAAGAAAAGGAAACGAAACAAAAAGGAGCAGGAGGAGGUGGUAGAGAAUGUUCAGUGUGAGGAGUCCACGCCAAAGAAAAAAAAGAGCAAAAAGUGAUCGCAGAAACUCACUACAAACACAAGGGUGAUGGCUGACGAUCAGGAUCUGUGCUGAUGAAACAAUUCUCAACUGUUAAGUUUCAGACUAUUAGUUGAGACAUGACAACAUGCAAAUGUGUUUGUUACACAUCACUCAUAUUUAUUCUUAGAAAUCAACAGGUGACAUGAAAUAAGCUUUUUACUGGUAAGAUUUGUUAUUCAUUUGUGUAAUGCAUAUUACAUAACAUAAAAAUGUGAUUAUAUAUGAAUAGUUUUAAAAAGUGUGGCAUGAUCUGUGUGGAUGAAAGAUUUUUCUCAGUCGCUAAAGCUGAACUUUUUUUAAUGGCGUGAUGGGUGCAAUAAGACGUAAUUUUCUCAGAUUUGUCAGUACCUUAAAAUAUUGCUAACAAAUCAAACUGAACUGGGAAAUAAAAUGAUUUCUGAGAUA